UGCCCUGGGGAGGCCAUGUCUGUGUUCACUUCUGGUCUCCAAGAAAGCCAGGAGUUACUGGAGAGACUCCAAUGGAGGCCAUAAAGAUGAAGGGACUGGAGCAUCCCUGUGAUGAGGAAAGACUGCUGGACCUGUUAGUCAGGAGAAGAGAAGACUGAGGGGGGAUCUCAUCAAUCCAUAUAAAUAUAUCCAGGAGGUGUCAGAGGAUGGUGUCAGACUCUUUAGUGAUGCCCAGCAACAGGACAAGGAGCAAUGGCCAUAAGCUCAAAACACAAGAAGUUCCACCUCAAGACAAGUGAAAAAAAUCAUUCCACGGAGGGUGGAAGAGCACUGAACAGAUGCCCAGGGAGUUAUGGAGUCUCGCACUCUGGAGAUAUCUCAAACUCACCAGGAUAUGUUCCUGUAUCACCUGUCCCAGGUGAUCUUGCAGAGGGGUUGGACUGGAUGAUUUGCAGAGGGCGCUUCCAACCUCAGCUAUUCUGUGAUUUUGAGGAAAAGGACAGAAGGUAAACAAGGGGACCCAUAACUGAGGGUUCAGGGGUUGGCUGAGGUUUGGAGCAGCAGAGGGGUUGGACUGGAUGAUUUCCAGAGGGCGCUUCCAACCUCAGCUAUUCUUUGAUUUUGAGGAAAAAGACAGGAAGUGAACAAGGGGACCCAUAAAGGAGGUCUCAGGGGAUGGCUGAGGUUUGGAGCAGCAGAGGUUUGGAUGAACAAUGCCAGUCCAGGGACUGGGAUUCAGGCAUGGACAGUGACCCUGCGUGUUGGCACCAGUCCCAGUGCAGCCUCUCCAUCAAGGCCGAUAUGUGACACGGGUGUGUCCCAUGGGGCUCCAAAACUCUAAUAAAUACAUUUCCUCCCCAAUCUUCAAGCUGUUGGGUGUUCCUGGCUCUUGGGAGGUGCUUUAAAUCUGACUGCCAGAGCCAUGGGCUGCUGAGAGCAGAAGCUGCCUGCACGAUGCUGAGCUCAGGUCUUCCUCCCGUUCUCCUGGUGCUCUCAGUGCUGGAGCUGAGCUGGUGCCUGAGUGAUGAAGAAAAGAAGAUCAUCGUGGAUGAGCAUAAUAAAUAUCGCUCCCAGGUCUCUCCUCCUGCCCAGGCUAUGAUGAAGAUGACCUGGGACAAGGAGCUGGAGGCCCUUGCUCAAUCCUAUGCAGAGAAAUGCAUCUGGGACCACAACAAGGAGAGAGGCCGACGGGGAGAAAACCUCUUUGCCAUGGCCCCAACGCUGGAACUGGAAUUCGCCGUGGAAGACUGGAACGGGGAGGAGAAAUUCUACAACUUCACAACAUCCACGUGUGUCCCCGGGCAGAUGUGUGGCCACUACACCCAGGUGGUCUGGUCAAGCACACAUCAGAUCGGCUGCGGGGCACAUUUCUGUGAGAAGAUUGAUGGGAUUGAAACAGAGAACAUGCACCUGCUGGUCUGCAACUAUUAUCCCCCGGGUAACAUGAAAGGCAAGAAGCCCUACGUGGAAGGACCCUCAUGUGAAAUGUGUCCCAGGGGCACAGUCUGUGUGAACAACCUGUGUGAACUCGUUGUAGAAGAGACCACUCCGGCCUCUGUGACAACAAAGGCAAGGCCAUCCACCCCAGGCACAGCCAAACCAGAGCCCACAGCCAAACCUGAACCCUCAGCCACAGCCAAAACAGAGCCCACAGCCAAAACAGAGCCCACAGCUAAACCUGAACCCUCAGCCACAGCCAAAACAGAGCCCACAGCCAAACCUGAACCCACAGCCAAACCAGAGCCCACAGCCAAAACAGAACCCUCAUCCACAGCCAAACCAGAGCCCACAGCCAAAUCAGAGCCCACAGCCAAACCAGAGCCCACAGUCAAAUCAGAGCCCACAGCCAAAUCAGAGCCCACAGCCAAACCUGAACCCUCAGCCAAACCUCAAUCCUCAGCCACAGCCAAACCAGAGCCUAAAGCCAAACCUGAGCCCACAGCACCAGUUCACACCACAGCUGAACCAGAACCCACACCAGUGUCCACCACAGCCAAACCAGCACCUACAACACCAGUACACACCACAGCAAAACCUGAACCCUCACCAGUGUCAACCACAGCCAAAUCUGAGCCCACAAAACCAGUGUCUACCACAGCCAAGCCCAAGCCCCCAGCACAGGCACCCUUCAGCACAGCCAAGCCAAAACCUGCCAGCACAGUCCCAACAACAACCCCAGCCAGGCCAAAACCCACCGUGCCAGCAGCCACCAGCACUGCAGCCAAGCCAAAGCCCACCACAACGGUGGCCAGGCCAACACCCACCACACCAAAACCCAGCCUGACAACCACUGCCACUAAGCCAACAACCACCACUACCACCAAAUCAACACCCACCCCCCUGAAACCCACCACAGCAAACACUACCACCAAACCAACACCCACCACCAAACCAGCACCCGCCACAACCACCACCACUACCACCAAACCAACACCCACCACAACCACCACCACUACCACCAAACCAACACCCACCACAACCACCACCCAACUAAUACCCACCACACCAAACCCCACCACAACCGCCACCAUCACCACCAAACCAACACCCACCACAACCACCACCAAACCAACACCCACCACAACAAACCCCACCACAACCACCACCAUCACCACCAAACCAACACCCACCACAACCACCACCAAACCAACACCCACCACAACAAACCCCACCACAACUAUGGCCAAGCCAACACCCACCACACCAAAAUCCACCCCAAUUGCAGCUAAGCCAAAACUUGCUGCAGCCACAGCCAAACCAACACCCACCACCCCAACAUCCACCACCACCACAGCCAAGCCAGCACCUGCUGCUACCACACCAGCACCUGCCACAACAGCAAAGACACAACUGAAAACUGCCACAACCACAAAGCCAGAACCAGAAAGGCCUGAUCCCACUGAGGCAGCCAAGAUCACUCUUUCCUUUGAGCCCACCUUAGACCCAGAUUAUAAAGUAUCUCCAGAGGCAGACACUGGAGAGCCUCUUAGCUCCUUCACUACAGAGGAUCCAGCUUCAUUAGAAAGCAUGGGCACGGCCUUCAGCCCCAGAUCAGUCCCAGAAAUAAAGAAAGGUGUCAAAGAGCAUGGGGAGGAGAAAUCAGCCUUUCCCAGCCCAUCUCCAUCCCUCAGCCAAGCUGCUCCAGAGAUGAAGCUAGGUUCCAAUAGAGAUGAGCUCAUAACCCCCUCCAAGUCCAUGGUCCUCAGCCCUGAAGAGCCCACGUUCUUGCGCUUAACAUCAUCCUCCAAAGACAAAAAAGGGCCAAGCCCCCAUUUCCAGACCUCCCUCUCAGGUGCCCUGGACACAGAACUGGAGACAAACUCGGACCAGACAAGCAUGGAUCCACCCAAAGGAGGAGACCCCAGUACCUGCCUGGGCCUUUCACUCUUCCUCCUCCUCCCCAGUGCCAUCCUGGUGGGCCUUCUGCUCUGAAGGGUCUUCCUCAGCUCUCCCUGCACCCUCACCAAGGCUUUUGUCAGCUCUGGUUGUUCCACAGCCCUGGCAGGCUCAGGAGCUCCUUGGACAAUUCCUGUGCUCCCUCCUUGCGCUGCCUGCUCUGCUGCAGCCCCAGAGAGCCAAGGGCAGCUGAUGCUGGGGGAGCUUUGUCCCCUUCCUGAGGAGACCUGAGGGCAGGAGGGUGUUUGCCAUAACGCUGGUGACCUUGGAUGCUUCUCCUUUUUCCUGGCUUCUGUUCCAUUUCCAGGCUGGAAGUGUUGAGCUCUCCCACCCGUCUGCCCGUGUGGUUGGCAGGCCCUGCCACAGCCUGACCCUGGGGACAGCAGGGUGACUUGGGGACAGUGAGACACGGUGGUUGGCUUUGGUGUUUGUAGAUGAGACACAGUGGUUGGCUUUGGUGGUUUUUCCCAGCAGAAAUGCUCUUUUCUUUCCCAAUGUAUCUGUCUCAAUUUUGGACAAGUGUUACCUCUUUCCCUUCUUGUCCAAACAGAAUUGAGGAUUUCUGUUUCCUCCUGGUUCUGGUGGAGCUCUGGCCAGUACUGCCCAGCUGUUCUCCCCUCUCCUCCUCCAUUCUGCAGCCCUUGCCUCCUCCCAAGAUUCAUUUUACGCCUGUGCCUGCACCUGUGUGCACACACAGAAGAGAAAACCUUCAGAGCUGAGAGGGGCCACCAGCUCCUUCAUGUAGCUUUUCCCUGCAUGGCUUCAUUCUUUGCAUAAUUUCAGUGUAUUUGAACUUAGAUACAGAUUCCUCUUGACGCGUAACUUGUGUGUGUGUGGUCAAGGAGAACAAGUCCCCACUUGUGUUGGUACAAUCUGAGCUCCAGAGGUACAAGUGACACUGCUGGAGGUUAUUGGUGGCUCCUGGGCCUGUUGCAGGACCACUGGCAUUGUCUGGGCCACUGUGUUUUGUUUUUGUUUGUCUCUCCUCCCUUCACCUGAGGAUUCCCAGUCAGGUCUGUUAAAUAUGUGCCAAGCUGUGCAGACAGAUGGAAGGAAGAUAAUGGGGAGAUGCAGCCCCUGCUCUGGUCAUUGCAACCUUUCAUUUCUUACACAUGAGGUGGAGGAUGACCUGAAGGCCAUUAUUCUGUCCUGUGCAUCUCCAGAGCAUGCACUGAAUAAAUCCUGUUGUGAAAA